UAUAGGCGAUAUUGUGCAAAGAGACUGAGAGGAAAAACACUUCAUUCAAUUCGUUCUUACAGACACGUGGAUAACCAUAGUGUUCGCGAGCAAUAAAAAUCGCUUGAAAAGAAUGAAAUUUACGAAUAAAGUGAAUUGAUUUACCGUCAUUACAUGGAAAAGCAAUAAGUGAACAGUUGAACAAAGUAAAACAGUUGAAAAUUGUGAACAAAAUAUCAUUGAAGCAGCAAAGCAAAUAGAAAAAUCAAGCGUAAUAAUUGAAGGAAACAAAAUAGAAGGCACGAAUUGAAAGCGAUUUCCGAAAAAGGACAUAGUGCGGAAUAAAAGUGUGAAUUGCGUAGCAAGAUCGUACCGUCAAGACAAAAAGAGCGAACAAAUCUGAAUAUCUCUUCUUUUCUGUAAAAAACAAACGUCACGUAAGUGCAUACCAAAAGAAUAAAAAUGAAAAUUGGAAUUAAUUUUUGUAAUGACGAUGCCAAAUACAAAAAAAAACGGGUUGCGAAGAGAAUGCCUGGAAAAGAGAUGGAGACAAUCGAAUGUAUAAAGGAAGAACAAAAAAACCGCAUGCACGUAUUUCACAAAACGAAAGAAGAAAAAAAGAGCGUAUCAUACAUACGAAGAGCGACCCACAAAAAUCAGUUCAAAUCAGUUGAAUUUGAACGGUGAAAAGAAAAAUGUGACGAUCGCCCAUAAAAGUAGAAUGUUCGUGUAGCUAUACACAGUGAUGCAUGCACGGCGUUGUUAUAAAUAUAACAAUCUGUUUCGCACAGCGAAUGGUGGCUAAUGAAAAACCAGUCAAAAGGAAAAGAUUCAUACUAUUCGAUCUGUGUGUAUGUGUCUUGGGUCCUUCUUGUUGUUGGAUCUAUUUUUUGCGUUAUUUCCGUGAAAGAAAGAACAAAGAAGAUUAUAUUGCGCACGUGUUGCGAAUAUAUAAUUUUAAAAAAUGAUGGAAUUUAUUCAUCGAAUUAAGCGACACCUCUGCAUGAAUGGUAUGAAUGCGUAUGUAUGAAACGAAGAAAAAAUGUCAUUUGCAAAAAAAAUGUGCCCGCUUGAAGCGACCAAAGUUGUUGACCAAGCAAAUGCGGUAAAAGACGGCGUGACUGCAAAUCCCGUCUUAAAUAACAUAGAGGAAAUAACACAUUCGUCGACAAAUUCCGCGCGAAAAGUUCUUAAAUGGUUUUUUUCUGCUUUUUUUCGGGAACUUUUUGUAGCGAGAAUGAAUUCAUGAGUAAUUCAUUUUAGAUUAAGUGCGUCGUUCAAUUAGCAAAUGUACGCGAGUGAUAGUGCCUGGAAGAAGUAUAUUCAAUAGCACAUUGUAUGCCGUAAUCAAGUGAUCUAAUCGCACUGACUUUCGCUACUGUGCGAAUGAAAAUGUUGGCAUUUCCGUUUCAAUGUUGUGUCGUAGAAUGGAACGAAGGUGCAGAAAAGCCGAAGCCCACAAAAACCGAAAUACCGAGAUUAAAACACUCCAGUUAUACAUCAACAUAUAUGUGUUCGCGCGAAAUAGAUGCUUCCCACAGUCUCUUUAUAAAUACAAACAACGAAGAAAUUCUUUGCAAGUCAUCGUUUCUUUUUCGGCAAACAACAAUCAUCGAAUGAUGGAUGUUUGGAUUUACACAAAUAUCCAGUAUAAACAUUUGCCGAAUAAAAAAUGCGCUCAUUCAAUGGUUUCUUAUUGUUUGUAUGGAAUGAAGAGACGUUUAAAUAAAAAUGACAACAGUUUAAGAAUCGGGCGUUUCGAAUUUGAUCAACACGACACUUUGCACCCGUUGCCAUUUCUACACCAUAUCGCCAAUUUCACAUGAGUAUAUCCGAAUCACAUGUUUAUCCAAUGACAAUAUCAAGCAUUUUAUUUGUUUUAUCGAAACAAAAAAUGCCGACGAUAAUCGUAUUUCGCAAAGGUAUCUGUUGAACCAUGAAAAUAAACACAGAUUCAAGUAAAUUGUUUGAUUAACGAAUAAAUCGGUGAAGUAACAUAAAUGGGCUUCGGUGCGACAACGGCGAAAAUAACCACAACAACGACAACGAAAAUUGAAAGGCCAGCGCAUACUUUGUUCGCAUUGAAUACUUCGCUUCUUAUCAGCGCAUUUCAACGCGUGCUAAUUGGUUAUUGUCGCUUAUUUUAGUUUGUUUGACGAAUGUAUUAUUGAUUACACGCCAAUAUUGAUCGAUCAAAAUCGAAAUCAACUUUUCAAGCACUUUUGGCUACAGGAUAGCCAAAUCUCGGGUAAGAUAUUUUUUAAUAUGAGUAGUGAGCUCAUGUUUCAUUUUUUUCCGCGUCCAUCAUGUUCUUUUUUUUUCAAUAAUCUAUCUAUCUAUCUAAUCAUUAUUCAUUGCUAUCAGCGCAAUGGGAAGCUUAUAAUAAUAUAUUUUCGCCACUCAAAUUUUAUAUGCUUAUCAGUUGACACAUGAACAUCUGCGUUGGUCCCAAUGCCUGCUUUUUUCUACUUACUUCCCCAUUGUCAAUACACAUACAUACUAAAAAUUUCGUAGAAAUUUUUUUUUAUUGAUUUUUGUUUUCAAGUCUAAAAUUCGUUUCAAACGAACGCAAUCAAGAAACGACACAUCAACGGUUGCAUUUUCAUCUAACGGAUGUUUGUCAUUCCAAAAUGAAUUCUUGGGAAUUCGUUAAAAGUUAAUAGCAAUUUUACAAAAUGCGUAAUUUUUUUUGUCAUUGCUAACAAUAACAAACUCAAACUAACACAUUGCUUUAUGGCUAGAAGUUUCCCUGAACAUUUAAAAUUUGUUCCGAAGAAAAAAUCGUUAUCAAUUUACGUCACGCCCCAUCGAAGUGGCAGUUGGUCGUUGAAUAACACUUUGCCAUGAUCCUGACCUCGUCUGAUUUAAUUUCAAAAUGUUUAUUAUAUUUGCGCUAUAGCCGACAUUUUUUUCUAUUCCCCGAUCGAAAUAGACUUACCCAAUUUAGAUUACAUUGAUGUGACAUUUUGUUACAUCUCUCGCUCAUUCUAAUCGGUUUGAAGUGAAAGUGAUAUCGUCUUUGAUUCGGGCAACCUAUUGACGAGCUAUGUAAAUGUGCUUUAAUUUUGUGGUUUGUAGGGACUUCGGUUAUACCAAUGAAAUCAAAAUUCACUUGUCACAUUAUGGCAUAGUAACAAUCAAUAGGUCGUGCAUAUCAUUAAUUUUUUAAGUGUGCUCGAAUUUUCGUUUUUGUCAUACACCUGUAGCUUCGACGAAAAUUUCACACAAGCGAACUUCUUUUUGGAUGUGUUAAGGACAACGUUCUUGUAAUAGUAGUUGGCAUCGUGAAUAGUUUCAUUUCUUCUUUAUAUUAGUAAAUGGUAUCCAGCAAAUGAGAGAGUAGAAAGAUAAGCCAUAACACGCCGAUAUAAAAUACGCUUCAAAUGCGUCGUUCGAGGUAAAAAAGCUAUCAAAGCGACAUUUACUCGUUUCAUUUUUUCUUCUUCGUUCAAAUGAUAAAAAUCUCCAAUUCAAUGUGCGCAUAACUAUUGGCUAUAUAUCAAGUUUUGGCACUUGAUCGCAUGCUAAUACGCUUCGACGAAAAAAAAACGAUUUCGUUUGCGUUUUCGUUUUCGUUUUGUUGUCCUUUUCUGUCUCAAACGCGUGUAACGUAUAUUUCACCGAUCGAGUGCUUCGUUUCUCGAUCUGAUUGGGUCCCACUGAAUUCGUGUGUAUUAAAAGCAUAUAUGUUCACAAAUGCAUGAAUGUGUGCAUGUUUUGGUGCGGCGUGUGUUUCAUAUUUUAAUCAAGGUUUUCUCUUUCCAUACCUUCGCCGAUUGAAUGAAAAAAAAAUAUGUCAGCUCAUCACACCCGAACGGGACUCAGUUGUGUUUACUUAGGUUUUUUAAUUUCGUCCAUACGGUCCGUGUGACAUACACAGCGCGACAAGUCGGGAAGUUCAGUCAUCACAACGGUGUUUUAUAAAAUUUACAUGCGCACAAAAAUAGAAACUCCAAAGUCUAGUCCAUUCCUUAUCGUUCACAUUUGUGUUUUGAGGAAGAAAUAAAAUUAAGGCACAAACGUAGCUCAAUCAGUUUUCGACCCUCCGACAAAUUGUUUUCUUUUUAAAAAUACACAGCGAGCGUUGAGCCUACGGUGACUGUGUUUUUUUUUCUCAUAGAAAAUUGAUAACCGAGAAAAAACUGCUCGAAGUUUGAGCCAGUUACGCGACUGUUGUUUGUUUUGAUAACUUUUUCUUGCUUUUGUUCGCAUCUAAUUUUCCUAUUCUAUUGUUACAAUAUGGAUGUACGCCACCAAACUAGCAAUGGACAUUCUAAAUCAUCAUGGUUUUGAAAAAUCCUCUUAUACUUUUAACGAUACCAUUUGCAUUGGCAUUGAGUUUGAUAUGGUUUCGCAGAAAAAAAAUUCAUUGUGAUUCAGGUGGUGAUAAAGAAUCAGCCAGUGAAAAAAAGACUUUGAACACAAACUUAGAAUCAAAUAGUGCAAAAACAAGCGAACCUCGCGUCGAUCUAAGACAUAGCACUUCAUUGCCAAUCGGAAGCACACCGAAAAAAUUGUCAUCGUCAGCACUAAAUAAUAACGAUUCAUUUGAUUUUAAAUUUGGCAAAUCGGCACCCAUUGACAUUACGCCACACAAAACAUCACCAUCACGCUCGAAAAGCGGAUCGAACGAAAGCGAUCAAAAUAAACUCGAAUUGAAUUCAAUUGAAGAAAAUUCAUUGGAUUCAGUUGAUUUGCCCGGCUCAAUUACCUGCCGUCGUCGUUUCUCAUUCACCAUUCGAACCAACGAGCCAGCCGUUGUUGUCAAAGCGUCUACAAUGGAUGUAAAUAAAUCACCACAAAGUUCCUUUGAAACCGUAACCACUUCGCCACCAUCGAACUCACCUGCAUCGGUCACCAAGAGUCCGGCCAGCGCAAAGACAACACCAAGUUCAAGCAAAGCAAAGAGCAGCGAAAAGAAAUCCAAAGCUUCGAAACAAUUGGCAACCAAUGAAACAUCCAGUAAGAAAGAUGCAAAGAAACCGGAACGUGCAUUGCCCGUUGCAAGUCCACCGCUUAGUUUGUGCAGCAAUAAAUCGCACGAUUCAGGUGACUCAGGCAAAGGUUCAAGUCCGGCCAAUUCGGAAGGUGGCCAAACAUUGUCGUCAAUUCAAUCGUACGAUUUUGAAUUGCCACAAACGCUAGUCGGUUGCUUGGUUGGCAAAACGGGUGCGACCGUACGGAAAAUUCGUGAUGAAUGCAACAUAAACAUUUCCAUCAAACGGCAUCCAAUCAAAUACAAGAAAUACAAAUUGUGCACACUGCAAGGCACCCAACAACAAAUCGACGCUGCACUCGCAAUGAUUAAGAGCAAAAUGCCAGCGAAGACAAAUUUAGAACGGGUCGAUAUUGAAGUGGAAACCGCUGAAAUGUUGGCAGCCAUAUCAAAAAUUGAUUCCAAUCGAUUGCAGUUAAACUUGAUCGAUGGUAUCAACAACGAUGUGACCGUAUCAUCAGUCAUCAAUGGUGGUCAUUUGUUUUUGCAACAGCCAUUGCAUCCAUCCUAUAUGUCGUUGAAUGUGUUGCAAAAUUGCAUGAACCAAAGUUACGCAUCAUUCGAGUCACCAGCACUUCCAAACUUCAGCAUCGGCACCGUUUGUGUUGGUCAAAUCGAUGGUCAUUGGUAUCGCUUGCAAAUCAUUGACUAUCAACCAGAAGCCACAACCUGUGUAGCUAAGUAUUUAGACUUCGGUGGAUACUGUGAAAUUCAAACGACUGAGCUUCGGCAAAUUAGAACCGAUUUCAUGACAGUUCCAUUCCAAGCCAUUGAAUGUAGUUUAGCCGAUAUCAAACCGAAAGGUGGAGAAUGGAGCAUAGAAGCUUCUCAAGCUGUAGUCGAAUUAACCCAAUAUAGAACACUACAAGCCCAAAUAACUAGUUACACGGAAACUGGCGUGCCAGAAAUCCACCUAUAUUCAUUUCUAAGUCCAAAUAAUAUUGUAUUUGUCAAUCAAGAGCUAGUGGCUAGAAAUUAUGCUGAAUGGUGUGAGCCAAUGGCUACGUUGUAAGCAUACGCUUGUACACGUAAGAUAUUUAUGAUAAGGCGAAUAAGGUCCCCAUCAUUAAGCAUAAAACAAAACAGCGAUACCGCACGAGCAUUAGGUACGAAAUGAAAGCAAGCAAACAAAAAACUGAUAAUUAUACCGAGUAAAGUAAUAUUUCUGCGAUUAUUUGAUUUGGACCACUUCAAACACAAAUGAUAUAUACAAACUGUUAUAUGCUGCCCGUUUAUGAAUGGUUAAUCUCUGUUAUUCGUGAACGUGACUCAAUUAAGUUUUAAACAAAAUGAGAAAAAACAAAAUACUAGAAAAAAACAACAAUUUUCUUUAGAAUAACAAAAAAAUACAAAAAAAAUUGGAGGUAAACAUAACAAUUCUAUCUCACUAGAAAAAUGGCAAAAUUAAAAAGAAAUGCACUUCAUGAUGCAGUAAAAAAUAUAGAUGCAACACAAAACCAAUAAGAAGAAAUUGAACUCACAAAGUUUCAGUUCGAUUUGCCUUUGAUCACAGAUGAAACGCUUUUUUACCAACUGUUUUUUUUUUUUAAAUAUUAUAACAAAAGAGAAUUUAUUGAAAUUCCUGAUUAUUUCGGAUUGAUUCACUUGAACACGUUUUCUUUCUUUGGUAUUAAAAUUUAUGAAUCCGAAUAGCCAACGAUUGAUAUUUUCCAACGUAAUUCAUUUCGAUUUUUGUUUUUAGAUCUCUUCAUUUUUUUGCCCCGUUAAAUUUUGCUGAUUUGAACCAAAUUUCAGCCAGAAUGAAUGCACAAUGUUUACCAAGAGUAAUGAGGCUUUGAGUUUAGCGAAAUUGUUAAUGAUGCAUGCUUUAUUUAAUCGUUAUUGCUUUCGGUUGUAUUCUAUUAAAAUUUGAUUAUCAUUUGCAAUUGGUUUAAUUGACAAAAGCUCAGUACAUAUUUCAAAUAACCUCAGAAUGUUGAUUUCAAUCUUUUUUUCUCGUUUACCACACAAAUUUUACUCGAUUACAACAUAUUAUUUACACAAAUUUUAUUUUUUUUUUCUUAUUCCUCAAUAGUUACUCUAUUUUCUUUUCGUUUGGUUUCAUUCAAAAUUCAAAAAAAGUUUGAUCAUUUUUCCUUAGUUAUCAACCGGAAAAUAUUCGUUCUAUUGAAGAUCCUAAUUUUAAGAUUGGUUAAGAAUUCAUAAACUUAAAAAAAUGUAAAUAAUUAUGAUAAUUAAAGAUUUUCAUUGGUUUUCAUUAUAAAA